AAUUCACUCACAAUGUUUGACAAAAUCAAUGGGAAAAAAAAAAAAUUCAAAAUCAGUUUUUUUUUUUUCCGUUUAACCUAUAAAAUGAGAAGAACCCGUGGCCGUGACGGGCGAAUCAGUGGAGGGAAGAGGAGAUGACGAGGCGGCGCGAGCAGCUAGAGCAAGAGUAGUUACGCUUGAUCGUCCGGCUGACGGGGAGGCAGCAGAGCCACCAGGAGCUCUCGACGUCGGCGGCGAUGACGGCGCCGCCGCAGUAGGGGCAGCUCCCUGGCGCUUUCUCCGACCACAACUCCACCUCCUCCGCGCUGUAGACCCACCUCACCAAGCACAUCGAUACGUAUCGUCCUCGAUCUUCACGUUGCUUCUCGUAGCCCUUCCUCCCUUCCUCGAUCUCGUUAUUGUUUAUUUAUAGGGAGAGCAGAGCGGCCGGAGAAUUCCAGAGGGUUCUGUUCAUGCGACUCUGCGCAUACUUGGAAGAUUCCAGAACGCCGACGUGGAACGACCGCUGCAGGACGCUCAAAUUCCACGUGGUCGAAUUUGGAAAAGGACAAUUUGUGUCAUUUGGCCCAUUUAAACUCAAUCUAUUUGGGCCCAUUUAAGGGCCCAUAACCAAGGCAUAAACUUGGGGUCUAUGGCCGCCUCCGCGUGCACCCCUUGCCUUCCUUCCCUAUCGAUGGAUUCCUUGGUGGCCAACUACGCUUCCUCCGACGACGACGACGACGAAGACGAAGAGGAGCAAGGCGGAGCCGAAGGCGAGGAACAAGAUCCCGAUGUCUCCGCUUCCGCUGUAAAGUUUUUCCGAUUACCUCCUUCCAGAGCACCCUCCUCGUCUUCCGUCUUCUCUUCGUCUCUCCCUCCUCCCGGGUUGGCCUUCGUCCUGCCUCCCUCCUCUUCGUCUUCCGUCUUCUCGUCUCUCCCUCCGCCCAGAUCCCUCCCUUCGGAUAUUGUACCCAGUCAUCUUGGCGAAGUAGAUGGCGAGGAGGACACCACCCCUUCUUCUACCUCCUUCAAAGCUCCGAGAUCGGUCUUUUCGGCGCUUCCUCCUCCCAAGCUCCCGUCACCCUCUUUACGUUCUAGUUCCCUCCGUCUUGGCGAAGAAGACGACCAUGAGGAAGAGAAAAGCAGGGUAUUUUCCACGGGAAAGCCUUCCUCUACCCCGUUCGCAUCUCAAAAUUUGAAAUUUUCGUCAAUUCCUCCGCCUAAGAAGUCGUCCUCUUCUUCAUUGUUUUCUACCAUUCCGCUUCCAAAGUCCGAAAAAUUGGGUCCCGAAAAGUCCAUGAAUACCUCCUCUUCUGAUCUAAACCCUAAUAGGGGUGUCCAAUUUAAACUCCCUCCUAACCCAUCUGCGCUGAACAGUGGGAAAUUUGAUGAUGAGGAGGAGGAUGUCAAAGGGAGGAGCAACGUGAAGGACUCCUCUUCUAGUGUUCCAAAGGCCUCAUCCUCGUUGUCUUUUUCAUGGCUUCCUGCCCCAAAAAAUACUUUCGGGUCAGUGCCUUCUUCGGGCUCAGCUUCGUCAAGGAGAUCCAUCGUGGACACAGAUGUCAGUGCGGACAAUUCUGGUGGUUUUGCCUCUGUGCACGAGAGUAGUUCUGUAGGGUCCGGGGACUAUCAGGCUUACAAUGGUGGUUGGAUUGCUGCACCUACUGAAAGUGCCAACGAUGAGACAGCAUAUAUGAGUAUUUCAAAUAAUGGCGCUGUUGGUUGGGAUCAAACUGGGGCGGAAGGAGCAGCUUAUUCAGGAUUUGAUGAUAAUGUUGCUACUUCGUAUUGGGAUCCAAGUUAUGGAGGAGCUACUGAAUAUGGGAGUUACCAGGGGAAUUGGUCUGAAUCCACUGCUGCAGAUACAUCUGAUGUUCCAGACAUCGGGAAGAUUGCUGGUAAGAGAGGGAGGAAUGAGAUUCCUACGGAAAUUAUGGAGGUGAAGCAAGAUGAGUUGAUGAAAAACAGACCUAGGCAGGACCAGACUAAGCUGACUGGGAUAGCUUUCGGGCCAUCUUACCAGCCUACUUCUUCGGGCAAGGGGAAGCCCACAAAGUUGCAUAAGAGAAAGCAUCAGAUUGGGUCACUGUACUUCGACAUGAGGCAGAAGGAAAUGGAACUCGCAGAACGCCGUUCCAGGGGUCUUCUCACCAAAGCAGAAACGCAGGCCAAGUAUGGUUGGUGAUCAUUGUUCUUCCUUAGAUAUGAUCUUUAAGAAUGAAUGUUGGUUAAACGCUUGCUGCUUUUACGACAGUGUGCUGCUUUUAUGCAAACAUGUUUGAAAAAACAAAAGUAUUUUAGUUCA